AUCCUUAACCCCCUGAGCGAAGCCAGGGAUGGAACCCACAUCCUCAUGGAUACUAGUCAGGUUCAUUACCAUUGAGCCACAAUGGGAAGUCCAAGUCAACAAACUCUUAAAAGUUUUAAGUUCUGAAACAUUUGUCUCCAAGGAUUUCAUUCAUGAGUGUGUGGACCUCAGGCAAUCUCCUAGCUGUUUCUGCAUUUUGUUGAGCCUCAUGGUGGGGAAGCCAGGAGACCCCAGUCAGAGACUAGCCUGGAAGGUGGUCUUAUCUCAGCCUUCCCUCAGGCUGGGAAGCUUAGAAUGUAGAUACCCGCCCUAGGCUCCACCCACCUAAGGCUCUUUUUUCAAUACCUCGAGGCCCCACCUCCGCAUUCUCCCAUUCCUGCUGCUUUUGACCACAGCUCUUUCUGCAGGACAAGCAUGGCCCUUGGGAGAGCAUGGCUGCCGCUUCUCUUGGUGUGUGUGGCUGUCACAUGGGCGGCCCGGCCUGAUCUCCUCAACAUCUGCAUGGACGCCAAACACCACAAGACAAAGCCAGGCCCGGAAGAUGGCCUGCAUGAGCAGUGCAGCCCGUGGGAGAUGAACGCCUGCUGCUCGGUCAACACCAGCCAAGAAGCCCAUAACGACAUCUCCUACCUGUACAAAUUCAACUGGGAGCACUGCGGCAAGAUGAAGCCGGCCUGCAAGCGCCACUUCAUUCAAGACACCUGUCUCUAUGAGUGCUCGCCCAACCUGGGGCCCUGGAUCCAGCAGGCGAACCAGAAGUGGCGCAGAGAGCGGAUCCUGAACGUGCCCCUCUGCAAAGAGGACUGUCAGAACUGGUGGGAAGACUGCCGCACCUCCUACACCUGCAAGAGCAACUGGCACGAGGGCUGGAACUGGAGCUCAGGGUAUAACCGGUGCCCUGCGAAUGCCGUCUGCCGCCCCUUCGACUUCUACUUCCCCACGCCCGCUGCGCUGUGCAGCCAGAUCUGGAGCAACUCCUACAAACAAACCAACUACAGCCGGGGCAGCGGCCGCUGCAUCCAGAUGUGGUUCGACCCAGAACAGGGCAACCCCAACGAGGUGGUGGCGAGAUACUACGCCCAGAUCAUGAGUGGCGCUGGGCUCUCCGAGGCCUGGCCUCUCCAGUUCGGCCUGGCCGUGACGCUGCUCUGGCUGCUGAGCUGAGCUUCUGUCUUCGGAGAGCUGGACAGCCCUCCCCUGUUCGGCCCCACAGCGCCCAGCUUGUCAGUGCCUCGGUGGUGGUGGUGGUGGUGGUGGCGGGGGGGGGGAUCCUGAAUAAACCAGUCACCCCAC